GCAGUGGGCGUUGGCGUAUUCUUGAUAAGGUCUGCAAAGGAUUAAAAAAUCUAUUGAUGUGAUUUUAGAGUUAAUUUCCGAACCAAUGGUAAAUUAAACGUAUGAAUGACUGAGUAUUAUUUAUUAUAUAAAUAAAAAAACUAUUUUAUAUCUAUUAUAGUUUUUAAAAAAACAACGAAACAUUUGAUUUGACGGCUCUUUAACGUUUGGUUUCGGCGCUGCUGGUGCUCGAGUUCGAAUCCCGCACGACCUACACAUAAUUGUUCUGGACCAGAUCAAUGAGCAGUUCAUAAAGCGAAUAGAAAAACAUUUUAUUGUAUGGAUAACUUUUUUAUAUAAUAAAAAAUAAUUUGACGAUAAUAUUAAUGUUCCUACUAUUAAGAAUUAAGGGUUAAAAAAUUAAUAACUUUAACACCAAUUCUUACUUUCGAUAUUCAUUUCUCUUAAUUCUUUUUAUUUUAAAUUAGGUAUUUCAUUUUUAUAAGUUAUAAUAUAUUAUGUAUAUUACAGGAUAUUAAAACGCUACAGCCGUAUGAGCGUUGGUCAGCAACAACAGAAUCAACUAAUAAACUUUCUGCCCACUCCAUCGAGUCAGGAAUCAGACUCGGAAACUACGCAGCAAUCAUUUUCAACUUUUAAACCACCAUCUUAUUCCCCCACGUCUUUUGACAGCCACACAAUAAACAAAGAACUAAACCAAUGUCAGUGGAAUAAUAUUAGACCACCGAGCUACUCACAAAUAGAGAGGGAGAAAGAUAAUUAUACGCAAAUAGAGGGGCAGAAGGAGACAAUCAUCCUCUCUGAUCCAUGGGAGAGGAGACCGAUUGUGAGAAGAGAGAGUGUGUGGCUUGAAGAUGAGCUCUUCGAAAUGACGAGGCGGCCUCAAGACGAACUUACCACUGAACUUUAAUUAUUGAGUUAUUAAUAAUAACUCAAGGCUUUGUUAUCGCCGUUUACACAGUAGUACAAAUGUUUUUAAUUAUUACAUUAGUUGAAUAUUGAACUAGAUUUUAACUAAUUUAAGAUUAGAAAAAAAAUACCGCCGACAAACGUAUUAAUUUGUAAGAGGAAAAAUGGAACCAUUUAAGUUAUACUUCAUCUGCAAAUAAUUGCAAUUUUUAAUAACUAAAGAUAAAAAUAAUAAUAUAAACUAUAUUUUAAUUUAAAAUUAAACUUAAACUUAAAAAAAAACGUGUGUGUGUGUACUUAUGUACGCACGUAAGAAGUUAUACUUCUUUAGCGUAACAAAACAAAAAUAAUUAAAAUAAAACGUUUUAUAGAUUCAUAAUAUAUAUUUGAAUAUAGUUAUCAGUUUGCAGUUCUCACGAAGACUUAAUAGUUAACAGACUGAAGUUGUCGCUUUUAGGUUUCGAUGUGCGCGCGCAUCGUAACAACUUCAUGCUGUCGCUUUUAGGUGUCGGUGUGCGUGCGCAUCGUAAAAAAUUCACUCUCAUUUUUCUCAAACGCGCCAAAAGAAUUAUAACUUCAAAAAUAUUAUGUACUAAAUAAUAUCAUCUCAUAGUUGUGUUAUGUAUCCACAUUUCUUUUAAAAAGUAGACGUAAUUAUGAAAUUUAUUUAGACCUUAUUUCAUAAAAGUUAUUAACUAUUUUAUUUUACAUAUAAAAUUGUUAUUUAGAGAAUUAAAUAAAACAUAAUAAAAAGACCAUGCAAUACCAAGUGAACAUAGAAGUUUGCAUUAAAACUUUCUGCUUUUAUUACUUACAUCUUUCACUUUGUUUUCUUAAUAAUUACAUUCACAUUAUUUUGUAAUAAAGAUCAAUCAUGUAAAAAGAGUUAUUUAUGUAUAUAAAUUUUAUAUUGCAGUAUUUGUACCUGUAAUGCAAAGACCUUUUUAUCUUUAUUUCUUUAAGCACACACUUCACACGUGUAGGUAGUAAAAAGUAGAAUCUUUACACAUUAUAGUAUUGUGCCGACUUAAGUCGAGUUUUAGUUUAAAUUCUAUUAUAAGUAUUUUGUUUAUAUAUUAAUAACAUCAACCAAAGUAGUAAAUAAUGUUAUGUAGGUCUAGUCCAGAUAAUUCAAUAUAAUAAUAUGUUCUUGUUUGUAAAUAGUUUUUAUUACAAUACUUAUAAAAAUAUUUUGGCUAAAAACAAGUUUAUACGACAAUUUUUUCUAGGUGAAAGUAUUACUUUUCUGCCUAGGAGGCCGUCUCGGUACCAUACCAUAGAUACCACACCCUUUUUCCUAUUUCUGACGCCAAGUAUCGGUGCUUGCAAUGCCGUGUUCUGGUCUCAAAUGUAUAGAGAACCACAACCAGUACCUAUAAUUACAGACUGUGUGGUAUUGACUGCAAUGGUUAUGAUCUGCAGUGACCACAUACCAUCAGAUGGGCUGUAAGUUCGUUUACCACUUCAGUUUUAUAAAAAAAAUAUUAUCAACUUCGCAGUAUAAAUUAUAGUAGCGAAGGAAAUAUUAAACCUUUAUCCAUUUGUCAACCUCCACGACCAACUGAAAACGAAAAAUCCAUCCAAAAAUGACGAACCCAGAAAAGACGAAUACGGAGGAACAGCGUAAUUAGUUUGUAGGUUUCAGUUCUGUGUCUACGUUCCGCCUGUUCUGCGAGGUGAAUAUAGGCAACUCUUUUUAGUAAUGCAUCACUGAUAUGAUGCAAAUUAUUGAAAAGGCGUAUAUAUUUCCUGCAGUAGACCAUAAAUUUAAAUUAAAAUUAAAUAAAAACACCAUUAAAAUAGUGUAUACAUAUAGGCUCGUUUAUAAAACGAGCUAAUGAAAUAGUUUAGUGUAUUAUGUUAAAAUACUCCAGUAAAAUCCUGUGUCCCUUAUAAGAAAACUAGUGUCAUUAAGUAAGGCUAAAGAAACUUCUUGUUUACUAACAAUCAAUUGCAAUACAACGAAUGUUUUAAAAAUCAUUAAUAUCUAUAAAUAAAUUUUAUAACUGUUAAAAUAAAAAGAAGUUAAU